AUGUCCACGUCUAGUGAAGGGAGGAAGGACCCCUCUUCCUUCGCUGCAGAGUCGACAAGCCCUGCUGGCUGCCCACCUGCAGCGCAGCUGCUACAGCAGCCGCAGCUGCACCAAACGCACCCGCAUCAGCUUCGAAAUCUACACCAAACGCAUCACCACCACCUCCUCCAUCAGCAGGUGUUGCAACAACACCAACAGGGGCAGCACCAGCCGCCUUUGCUCCUACCAGUGCCUGGAACAGGAAUACCGGCAGCAGCAGCAGCAGCGCAAGGAUCUCCACAACUUCAUCAUGUGCCUCCUCCAAGCCAUAUGCGUGGCGCCUGCAAUCUGCCAAGUUGUUAUGCGGGGUCUUUACACCUCAGGGAACAUGCAACAGCAGGAGGAGGAGGGGGAGCAGCAGCAGCAGCAACUGCUGCAGCAGAAGUAUCCACAGCAGCGCUGGCGGCAUCAGCAGAUGGACCUGCAGUAGCAGCACCUGCAGGCCGAAUGCUGCAUCCCUAUUUUAAGGACUCGCCCCAGUUUAGCACCUUUGCUCCUUGUUUGUCGUCAUCUUCGGACACUUCUGCUGCUGCUGAGGGGCCUUGCACUGGCGGUAGUGCUGCUCCUCCCACAGCAGCAGCAGCGGCAGGAGCAGCAGCGGCAGCAGCAGCAGCAGCUGCAGGAGCUUCAGUGGGAGCAGGUUGCUGCAGCGUUACCGGGGAAAGGGGUUCAACGUCUGCGUUGCCUUUGGGAUCUUUAGGCCUUCAUGCACCAAAGGAGCCGGAAGAAGAGAGGGAAGAUGCGGAAUCCGAGCACGAAGAUGAGGCGCCGCCUUGCUGCUGUUUGUCUCCCCGGCUGCGCAGCUGGCUGCAUGCAUUUUUCCCCAACACCCCACCUUUUGUGUGGUUCUUUCUGCAGCUAUUUAUUUGUUUUUUGCUGCUUCUCAUGGGCUUAGAAAGAGUUGCAACAGCCAAAUCUGAAUUCUUCCUCGCCAGGGCACCACUUGCAUGGGUCCCCACCAGCAGAGAAGCGAAACCCCCGAUUGAAGUCGUCGGAGACAUCAACAGCAACUCGCUGCUGCUGAACGGCGCCUCUGCCUUCUUUCGCGUCGUGCUGCUGAACAUUUGCUUCUUCCUCUGUUUCAUGCUUGCCAGAGUGGUGGUUAUCUUGGGUUUGCUGCAGGCGGUGCAGCACGGCUUGCCGGCUGCAACUGCCUUCGCCGCUACAGUUGAUCCGGAGAUAUUUUACGUGCCGUGGAGCCAGUAUAUGAUAUAUAUGAAGACGACGGAGGAGGCGCCUGAGCCUUUGAUGUACUUUGUGUUAUUUGGUUCUUCUUUGUUGUUUACACGGAGUUUGCUGCGGGUGAUUCAGGUGACAAAUAUGGUGCUGAUGGUGUUGGCAGUGCGUCGGCUGCUGCUUGCAGUGAUGGUCUUCUGCUUCGAACUCGGCUUUCUCAUGAGUAUGAAUGCUCAAGUCGUGCAUUACCUCCGUCGUUCCUCGGCUGUUCGCAGGCUGAACGCCAAGUGGCUCGCUGCACGGUCCAGCGGACGAACCAAAGAGACAGAGAACACCCCCCCACACUACCGGAUCAUUCCCUCCGACAGCAGCACCAACGCGCAACAGCAGCAGCAGCAGCGGCAGCAGAGACAGUUAUCAACGAACUGUGCCGUGCCAGUGGAUUCCUUUGAGCCGGAAGCAACUGCUUGUCUUCCUCCCGGGGAGCACCAGCAGCAGCAGAAGCAGCUGCAGCAAGAACAACACGAUAGGCACUGCGGCCCCCGUAGUUGUUUCGGUUGCCUAUUAAAGGCAUUUGCCGGGGGGUUGAGGUUAUUUGCUGUCGCUGCGAGCCAGCGGCGGCUGCUGGUGCGGGGUUUUGGGUUCGAGAAGGGCGCCGCCUCAGGCUGGGAAGGAGAGGAGCCACAGAACAGAGACAAUCCGCUGUUGGUGCCUUUUGCGGUCAGUGCCUUCGCCAAUAAGGCCGAAAAGCUGCAAGAAAGAAUGCUGCAGGUGCUGCCGGAGCCUUUGCGGCCGAAGAACAUUGAAAGCAGCAAAACGUCUCAAGUUCGAAAUUGGUUGAAUGUUCACUUUUGUCUUUAUUCCCCCCCCAUGAUCUUCUUACCCGGCAGACGCAUUGAAUUGACUAACAAAGAUGUCGCCGCAACGGCGGCAGCCCUCCUCUUUGCUGCUGUGCUAAAUGGGGAGGUGGCGCUUCCUGGGGGCCCCUCAGGGGGCCCCAAAAAGGGCCCCAAAGGGGGCCCCUCAGAUGACGCCAACGGCACUCCAGAAACCGAAGCCGCAUCCCGCGAAGCCCACGCACUGGGUUCCUUUGCAUGCAGCGGUGCGACUAAGGCUUCAGAGAAUCUGAAGUCGGCUGGCGGCGACGCGGAACAGAAUGGAUUAGGAAGCAGCGUCCGCAGCAGUAUCGGUAGAGCAAACCAGGAGGAUGAGGACAACGCAGAUAUGCAGGAGACGCUUUCUGGAGCGCUUGGGUGCUCGAGACAAGCCAAUGAGAGUUCAGAUGAGAUGUUGCAGGAACACACACAAACUCUGCCAGAUACCCAGUCUUUGGAGCAGCUGCAGCAACUGCAGCAGCAACGCAAGCAACAGCAGCAGCAGCAGCAGCCACUGCAGCCGCUGCAACAGCAGCAGAAGCAGCACCAGAAGCAGCAGCAGACUCAACAGCCGAAUCACGAGGAAGAGUUGCCUUCUUCUCUGUCCUACUGUUGCAGCAGCAGCACCAACAACCACCGCAGCAACAGUAGCAGCAGCAACGGCAGCAGCAAGCAGCGAGGCAGAGGGCUGUCUGCGAGACGGCCUUUGCUGCUGUUAAGGCGCGCUGCAGCAGCUAGAAGGCAACAGAGAGAAGUACGGUUGGGGCCGCAACAGCAAAAAGACCAACAAUUAGGACAAACACGCCACAGAGAGAGGCACAGCACAGGGACUCUCUUAGGCAGUUCCAGCAAAGGAGACGCGGCAGAGACAAACGGAGACGCAGAGACAGAAAGAGAGACAGAAACGAAGAGGUGCGAGGGAGCAGGCAGGUGCCUGAGAAAAAAGCUAGACGACACUACGGCCUUUGAAGCAGGAAACACCAGCAGAGACAAACCCCGUUCCAAGGAGUCAGGCCCGAUGCUGCAGCAAUAUCAGCAGGAGCAGGAGCAGCAAGAGAAGCAGCAAAAACAACAACAGAAGCAAACGCAGCAGCAGCAACAGCAGCUGAGCCAUCCGCAGUCCAAGAGCGCUUUGUCUGGUUGUCCUUUGGCAGGAAGCAGCUCUGAGGAGACAACGGCCCCCCUUUCCUCCCAGUUACCUCAAGAAGGGGGGCUGUUGGAGCCAGGACUGCCGAAAACACCCGAUACCGAUAUCGACCUCGAUCCCAGCAGGCGUGGGAGGGUUGAGAACAGCAAAGCAGGGGAGGAGUCGCCAAGUGAGGGAAAGGCCUCUGGAGCUUCUUCUGGGGGCGGCGCCUCGUCAGGUGUCACUACACACCAAGAAGAAGACCGAUAUCUCAGCAGAGAAAUACUGGAGCGGUUCCUCAAGCCAGAUGAGGCAGAAGAAUUCAUGAGGCAUGCGGACUUAGCGGGUACAGAUGAAGAACACAAAUCGACCAAUAGACAGCUUUGCGUGCAUCUAAACGCGCAAGCGUGUAUAUUGGUUGAAUGCAUACAUAGUGCUAUUGUUAUUGCUAUUGUUAUUGUUAUUGUUAUUGUUAUUGUUAUUGUUAUUGUUAUUGUUAUUGUUGUUGUUAUUGUUAUUGUUAUUGUUAUUGUUAUUGUUAUUGUUAUUGUUAUUGUUAUUGUUAUUGUUGCUCUCCUUGUCAUUGUUACCAUUAUUGUUACCGUUAUUGGCCAUGGGAAAAUAAACAAAAUGAUGUUUCAAAGGGCUGUGCUGCACAUCUACAGCCUCCGCAAACGACUUAGCCAAGCAAGCAUCGCUUCGACUGUACUGCGCAUGAUGUCCUUGUUGCUUUGGUUUGUAACCUUGAUUGUGUUGCUGUUGGUGAUGGGAGUUGAGAUGAAUACCGUCGUUAUGUCGGGAGCUGCUUUCUUGUCGGCCGUCACGGUUGCUCUAAGUUACAUUUACCAGCACUUCAUAACUGCCGUUAUAUUCGUGGCCUUUACAAACCCUUAUAAUAUUGGAGACAGAGUACGAAUAGAUGGAGGAGACGUCCUGUACGUCCGACGCAUUCGCACAUACACCACUGAAUUCGAGAGCAUGCACGGAAAGCCCUUGAUAUACAGCAACGCGUCUUUGUUUUCGCGCGUCAUAACAAACGAAUCGCGGGCUAAAGUAUCGACCUUUGAGUUGGAAGUUUGUGUCAGCAUCUCGACGCCUCUCUUCCUUAUAAAGGCGUUGGAACAUGAAAUGAAGAAAUAUGUACAAAACAGGCAAAUGGACUUUGUCAAGGACUCUCUCCGUCUUCUCGUCUACGAUGUGCAGGCUGGCCACUGUAUCAAGGCAGGGCACGAACACAGCUAG